CCAGUCUGAAUGGUAUAUAAGUUCUUUAUGGAGGUAUGGAUGCACACAGUUUCCGAGAACUUCCUAAAGGGGUUUCACCAUGAAACUAACUGUGGUCUGCUUAGUGGUAAGCUUCUUCCUGCUGCAAUAUGCCGAACACAGUGAAGCCUGCUUGGAGGUAAUUGAGAAAGCCUUGGGUCUCGAGCCGUGCAAUGAAGGCGGUCACAAGGGUCAUAGGGAGCCUCGCAGGGGUGGUGCACGACUAGGACCAGGACCUGUGAGAAACACUAGGAGGCACAGGAGACGUGAGAAUCCAAGACCAGAACAGCACCCUACCAGACGCUGGAAGCCUCAUCGAAGAACACGGAAGCCUAGAAACUCUCGUCCACCUUGUGAAGAAAACACUACUCGAAGGAACAAUCCACCUUGUACUUGUACAGAAAGCACCACUCAAAAACCCAAUCCACCUAGUACUCAGAAGACUCGUCCACCUUGCGGUUGUACAGAAAGCACCACUCAAAAACCUAAUCCACCUAGUACUGAGAAGACUCGUCCACCUUGCGGUUGUACAGAAAGCACCACUCGAAAACCUAUUCCACCUAGUACUGAGAAGACGCGUCCACCUUGCGGUUGUACAGAAAGCACCACUCGAAAACCCAAUCCACCUAGUACUGAGAAGACGCGUCCACCUUGCGGUUGUACAGAAAGCACCACUCGAAAACCCAAUCCACCUAGUACUCGUCCACCUCCUCCUCCAGUGACCACACCUUCGACCACCACCCGAAAACCAUGUGGAUGUGGUGAGACUCACCCACCAGGAUGGAAUCCAGGCGGUCCUAUAAUCCCUAUCGUCUCAACGACCACCACCCGAAAGCCAUGUGGAUGUGGUGAAACUCGCCCACCAGGAUGGAAUCCUGGCGGUCCUAUAAUCCCAAUAGUCUCAACCACCAAGAAACCAUGUGGAUGUGGUUCGCAAGAACCUUCGGGCUGGAAUCCCGGCGGUCCGAUUAGGACACCACCUCCAACUCCUCGAAAGCCCUGCGGAUGUGCAUCGUGGAAUCCCCCAGGUUGGAAUCUCGACGGUCCUUGGAUACCCACAAAUCCCGGACCUUUCGGUCUCGGACCUAUCAUUCCGAACAACGGAGAAAACGGAUUUGAUCCAGACUGCCCGCAAGGCUGGAGUGCCGACGGUCCUACAAUACCCGUUCCCGAAAUUCCCGGAAAUUUUGGACCCGGACCUGUCAUUACCUCCAGUGGAGAUGCAUGUGGAUGUGGCUGCUCAGCUUGAAUGCAUCCAAAAAUCAAUGUUGAUUACACACGAAAACUGACAACACGAUUUAUUAAUCAUGUAUACUUUUUACCUAAUUGUUGACCAUUGAAUUAUAUUGUUUUUCACUAAA